GACACAGCUAUAAAAAAUUGAAUAAUAAGACCGUUUUAUAAUAAAUACUUUUGCGUACUGUUUUAUUUGUAACCGUAAAUAGUGGAAGAAAACAUCAUUUUGUAUUAUAUCGUUAUUGUAAAAACGAAGUUUCCAUUUGUGUUAAAUGGCUAACUCUUUGCCGCCCAUGAGCUGUGACGCUGAGACCUAUAGCAAAAAUGAGGAAGAUGUGGAACCCAAAUUUAAGUACCAACGUCUUGCAAACGAUUUAAAAAACAUACUUAAUGCGGAUGUUAUUACUUGUAGCGCUGUACACUUGAAGUUUCUUAUAUUUGGAACAUUCCGAGGACGUGUUUAUAUAUUUGACCAUCAAGGAAACUCAGUCUACUCAAAUCUGAGCAAUAGCGAACGUUACACUCAUAAAGUGGCAGUAAACAAUAUUGAUAUCGACCAUAAAGGCGAGUAUGUGGCCACAUGCUCCGACGACGGAAAAGUCAACAUAACGGGGUUAUUUAGCUGCGAAAGCAAUCACAGUCUCAGCUUCGGCAAAUUUAUAAAGGUCGUAUCACUGGAUCCGGAUUCCAAAGCUCACAUUAAGAGAUUUGCUGUGGGCGACGACAAACUUAUCUUGUACGAGCGUAACUUGCUAAAUAAGCUUAAACCAGUUGAACUGUGCUCAGUCGAAGGCAGUGUUUUGUCGAUCUGCUGGCAUGGCAACUUUAUUGCCUGGGCGAGUCACAUAGGUGUUCGAGUCUACGAUUUAAACGAAAGAUGCUCACUUGGAUUAAUAAAAUGGGAGGUUCCUUCUGAGGAGCGAUUAGAAAAUUUUCGAUGCCACCUUCGGUGGUCCAACAAUCAUACUUUAUUAAUUGGCUGGGUAGAUACUAUUCGAGUUUGCGUGAUUCGAAAGAGAGAUUCAAUCGAAGCUUCAACUGGCAAACUGCCAGUCUACAUUGUGGAUCCAAUCUCAACAUUUCAAACAACUUUCUACGUAUGUGGGCUUGCACCAUUAUCUGUAAAGCAAUUGGUGGUGCUUGGCUAUCGCAAGGAAAAAAGCUCUUCUUUUAAAGCCCUACGACCUGUAUUAUGCGUUAUUGAAUAUAAAAUGAAUAACAGCGAGGAAAUCUGCACAGAUAGUUUAACUUUACGCGGCUUUGAGGAGUACACCGUGAAUGACUAUAGCUUGGGUGGCAUAAUCGAGGAGAAUCGUUUUUAUAUUGUGGCCCCAAAGGAUAUUGUGGUAGCUAGUCUUAUUGAAACAGAUGAUCGUAUAGAAUGGUUGGUUAAACAUAGUAAAUUUGAGGAGGCAAUGGAACUUAUAGCUGCGAAUGGAGGUAACAUGCCUGUUCUUUCCGUUGCCAAACUUUAUAUUAACCAUUUACUGGCGCUUAAGAAGUAUGAUGAUGCAGCAAAGCUUUGCCUCCGCAUCCUAGGCAAUGACAAAGACCUUUGGGAAGAAGAAGUUUUUAAGUUUGUGAAGUGUCAGCAGCUACGUUCAGUUAGCGCCUAUCUGCCGACAUCCAACGAAUGCAAACUCGAUCCCCAUGUGUACGAGAUGGUUUUAUACGAGUUCCUAAAAUUUGAUGUAUGUGGUUUCCUGAAUCUCAUCAAGGAAUGGCCAUCUCAUCUUUAUGAUGGUCUGGCUGUUAUUAACGCCAUUCAUGAUAACUUUCGUAAGCAACAUGCUAAUCAGUUGCUGGAAUCUUUGGCUCUUUUAUAUUCUUAUCAGGGGGACUUCGAAAGUGCCCUUCGCAUGUAUUUAAAGUUGCAGAACAAGGAUGUCUUUCAAUUAAUUCGUCGGUAUGAACUGUACGAUGUCAUUUCAAAAUUGAUUAUUCCACUUAUUCAAUUGGAUCGUGAAUGCGCCUUUGAAAUACUACUAGACAAGACCAAAAUAAUGACUGAAAUAGUUGUUCAUCAGCUAGAACACAAUCAAGAGUACCUAUACUGGUACUUAGAUUCUUUAUUAAAAAAGGAUCCCAGUAAUGUGUUUCAAAAAAAACUUAUCUCCCUCUAUGCAUUUUUUGAUCGAAAGAAACUUUUGCCCUUUCUCGUGCGUUCAAAGGACUAUGACAUUCAGGAGGCGUUGUUCAUAUGCAAACAGGAAAACUUUUAUCCAGAAAUGGUCUACCUGCUCGGUUGUAUGGGGGGCGUAGAAGCGGCCGAAGCACUUAACAUUAUUAUUCACAGCAUCAAAGACAUAGAAAUGGCCAUUGAGUUUUGCAAGGAGCAUGAUGACAACGAUCUUUGGAAUGCACUUAUUAAUGAAUUUAGCAAGCACCCUGAAAUUGUGACCAAAGUUUUGGAAGGCAUAGUUGACUACGUAAGCCCUGCGGUGGUUGUCGGAAAGAUAAAAAUGGGCCAGAACAUUCCAAAUCUGCGACAAUCGCUUAUUAAAAUGCUGUGGCACUACAAUCUUCAAGGUGAAAUUUUAUCCUCCGCCCAACAAAUUAAACUUAAUGAUUACUUCGAAAUUCACUCGGAGAUAGUCACCAAGCAAAGACGUGGGCAGCAGGUUUCCUACGAACAACUAUGCUCAUUGUGCCACCGUUCAGUACUGAUGAUAGGUACAUACUCUAAUUGUAUAAUCAGGUUUGUGUGUGGUCAUGUAUACCAUAAACCGUGCAUACAAGGUAAAUUGCAAAAAAACUGCAUUGAGUGUAACCUUUGGAACUUAACCGUGGAGAAAUAGGUUUAUAGCGAUAUCAUUUCCAACGAAAUUAAAAUUUUUGUAGCUAUUUAAUUCGUAGCUAUUGAUAAUGACAACUUUUUCACUAAUAAAUUUAGUUUUAGCUAUUUCUGA